AUGCCUUUCCUGUUCCCAAUAUACACAGUACUACUAUCUGUUUUCUUUGUUCUAGCAUAUGUUGCGAUUCGAGUGUACGAAUCACGGAUAUCCUAUCCCUCUCAAAUUGUUUGGCUUAACAAAAGAAAUAAUGACAUCUUUUUCCCAUAUCUCCGGGCACGUUUUCGAACUCUACGCAAUUUCCGUUCCACUCUGAUGCACGCAUAUACACAAUAUUCGAAAAAUGGAGAACCGUGCAUUGUAGGCACAUUAGACAGCACUAGCAUCGUCCUUCCCCCAAAUUGCACCGAAUGGAUUGCAAGACAGGCCGAAGAUAUUCUCUCAGCCUAUGAGCCGCAUCUGGAAGGCCUCCAGAGCGACUAUACUUUUCCUGAUCCAUGUAUUCUACAAAACCCAAUACAGUCGAUGACUAUACGACAAGAUUUAAAUCGCCAGAUGGCCUUGAAGAUACCGGAUAUGAUGGAUGAAAUAGUUACAAGCUUUGAAGAAGUUUGGGGUAGCAACACAGAGGAUUGGAGGGAAGUCGAGGUUAUGAGCAGCAUGCAGACUAUUGUUGCCAGAACCUCAAAUAGAGUUUUUGUUGGAAAGUCCCUGUGUAGUAAUCCAGCUCUUCUCAGAACUGCCACACAAUUUUCUCGAGAUGUUGUCAUAACCUCAUAUCUUUUACGACUUUUCCCCGCUCUGAUCCGCCCAGUUGUGGCCACCAUCAUAACUAUACCAAACAGAAGAAACAUCAACGCGUUUAUCAAUGUUCUCCGUCCUGAAAUUGUUCGUCGCAAGGCAGCGACGAUGAAUUGCUCUUAUAUUGAGGACAGCGGUAGCACUGAGCAGAACGAUUACCUGCAGUGGACACUUCGCGCUGCGAUAUCGUCUAAAUCUGACAAAGAGACGUCUCUAGAAGUUAUUGCUGGGCGUUUACUUGCUGUCAACUUCGCUGCUAUGCAUACUUCGACCUUGGCAAUUUCGAAUAUCCUUCUUGAUUUGGCUUCUGCCGCGCCACAAUAUGAACUUAUUGCAACUCUUCGUGAAGAGCUUGUACCAAUUUUAGCAAGCGAAAAUGGUGUCUGGAGUAAAAAGGGCCUAGCACAACUUCCGAGGAUGGAUUCUCUGCUUCGUGAAUCCUCUAGACUUAAUUUCUUCCAAGGCAUUGGCAUCGUACGAAAGGUCAAGGUUCCCGGUGGAGUCAUCGCGCCUAAUGGAACACAUUGCCCAUAUGGAAGCCUUAUUGCAGCUCCAACUCUAGGUAUCCAUAAUGACGUGGUGUUCUACCAUGAUCCAGAAAAGUUCGAUCCAUAUCGUUUCUCCAAAGGCUCACCAGAUAUGGAUGGACAACCAAUAACGGAUCAAACAGAUGUUAAAGCAUUUGUAACUACAGACGCUACAUUCCAUGCGUUUGGGCAUGGUAAACAUGCCUGCGUCGGGCGGUUCUUCGCAUCAGCCAUAUUCAAGCUGAUGCUGUCCCAUUUACUACUGAACUAUGACGUGGAAUACCAACCAAUACGCCCAGAGACGAAGUUCUUGGGGCCUGUCCAAUUUCCCCCAGCGAAUGCGACGAUCAGAAUCAAACGCAGGAAGUUCGCGAGUAUGUAG